AUAUAUGAUAUACAUGUUCCAUAUUCCUGUAUGCUUUGUGAUUAUAUUUUAAAGUAACACAAAAAACAUGAAUUACGUACUUGUAACUGAGCCGAACGGAAAUGUUAUCAGGGAUGAAUCAGGAAAUAUUCUGGUUCAACAACAACCUGGAAAUGCAUUAAUAUUUAUUACUUCUUCCCAAGCUGCUACAUUAUUUCCAAACGCUGGAAUUCAAGCUGAAACGGAGUCUUCAAGAUCUGACCUUAUUACAGAUAAUGAACAAGAAAACAACACUACAAGCAGAACUUCUUGGAAUCGAAAUGAGAUUAUAGAGCUAAUAAGUUUAUAUAAGUCUCAUGAACAUCUAUUUAAAAGCACGACAAUGAAAAAGGAUAAAGUAUGGGACAUGAUAGCUCAAAAGUUACCGAUGCACACAACUGAGCAAAUAAAAAACAAAUUUAAAUAUCUGAAACAGAAGUAUAUGGAAAAGAAAGAUAACAUGGGUCAAAAGAGCAGUGGAGCAGGUUCGAUAAAAUUCGAUUACUUUUUUGAAAUGGACGAAAUAUUUGGUCAGGAUCCUGACGUGCAGCCAGUGUCAACUGCAUCUUCUUUACGAGGGAUUAAACGUGCAUCCAAAACAUCAUCGAUUGAAAUUGAAGAAAAUUCAUGCAGUGACGAUGAAGAGAUUACAACGAAGAAAAAUAAAAAGUCGAAGAUAAGAAAAAGAAGUGAAUUAGCAAAACAACUAAGUACAUACGACCAAAAUUUUAAAGAAAGGGAAGCUAAAAAAGAAGAACGUCAUAAUGAGUUAAUGGCUCGACAAGAUGCAGCUCUAAAAAUUUUAGAAAAUAUUGCAAAUUCAUUUGCAAACUUACCAAAUACUAAAAAUUAA